AUGGUGACUCAUUUCAGAGAAGCACUUUUUCCUUUUCAUGUACUCAACAAACUACAACCUGCUUCUGAAAAGAUUAAGCCUCCGGACAACACAGAGGACGAGGAGACUGUGCUGCCAAGAUCCUCAAAGACCACAAUGAAGACAGCCUCCACCACCAUCGCGACGGAAACUCUGCCACUGGCUGGCCUCUCAAGUGAAAAAGGCAUCCAGGCAGACAUGAUUCUAGCCCCAACUGGAACCGAGCAUCUCGUUCACGGAGUUGUCAAGCCAGAAGUCGAGAAGAGCUGUGAACAUCGAGAGGAUGUGUUGCUACCAAGUGCCAUUCGUCCCGCAGAUAAUUCAUCUUCCCCUCGACCUCUGACAAAUCCUCAUUCUGUUCCCUGGAUGCUUUCAGAAGAGGAUGAAGAAAGAGGAGUACACUUCUCUGGAUUUAGAGGGAAAAGCAGCCCCAAUAAAGGCAUUAGUUCUAUUAGUCUUCAAGAAACGAGCCUGCGGAAUAAAGACGUUUUGAAACCAGUGAUAUAA